AUGUUCAACAAGCACUAUAUCUUCCAAUCACCAAGGGUGAAGAUUGUCGAACGCAACGCGGAGAAUAACAUUGACAGGAUCUGGCUGUCAAUCAACAAUACGCAGAUUGGGUUCACCUACCAACCGCAAGACUCCGCUCGCAAUCUGGAGCUUUUGGGGCGCCCAGCUCUACAGAUAUUACACGAUGAGGCUGUGCUGAAACAAGACUUUCUGAUUCUCGGCGACUACAACUGCCGUAUCGGCCAGACAUUGAACCCGCGUGCAUGCGACACAACAUUGAACUCGGCAGGUCGCAACUUUCUUAAAUUCUGCGAGGAUUUCCAGGCGUCCGUACUCAAUGAUGAUGGAUCGCUCGGAGAUGCGGUUACUCGACCAACUCAGGUCACCAAGAAUGAUUCUGCGACUGCCACCUUGGUGACUAGCAGGUUAUACUCGACGAUCGACUACGCGAUCGCUACCCCAGAUGUUCGCAAGCAGGGUUAG